CUUCUUAUCAGAUAUAUAGUGAGAUAAUAUUUUAUAUAAUAACCACGUGUGGUUGGUCAUUGGAAGAAGCAAGAACAAUAUUUUGACAAAAACGGAGACUGUUGUGUCGGCUAUUGAAAUAGCUAGGUUUAACCUUAAUACAUUGUAAUUUAUUAUAUUGAAAAUUAGUUUAUAAAUCCCGUAUACUAGUUCCUAAACCAAGCUGUUCCAAAAUAUUUGUGCCUCAAUAUUAUUUGAACAUUAGAAGCGCGCCAUCAACAGCAACCCGAAAGCGAUAAGCCGUGAAAUGUGUAAUUGUGCUAAACAUUAAAUAUCCAUUAAAAAAACAAAACUUUGGAAUUAAUAACAAAUUGUAUCUGUUUUCGAUUCGAUUGAAUCUGUCAGUCGUAUCACUACAUAGCCUUAAAGACUAAGGUUAGGGUAUUAAUUAAAAGUACUUGCAAGAUAAUUAUACUUUCUGUUUUUACAACAAUAUGUAUUCAGACUUUUUUGAGUCCUCUUCUAAAGAUUGUUUUUCAUUUAGUGACCAACCUACUACGUAUGACAUGGCUGAGAUGAAUGAGCUUACCAACCAAGUUAACUUAGAUUAUAUUUUUGACUCAUACUAUUCUUCAGUUUCAAGAUAUAAUACUGGUUUUGAACUUCCAGAAGACUGCCAAAACAUGAGCUUUUCAGAACUUUUUGAUCAAGAACUAUUUAGUACCAAUGACAAUAAAGACUGUAAACUUACUAUUAAAAUUGAAAAAGAAGAAUCUUUAACGCAAUGUUAUUCAGCUGAAAAUUCCCUAGAUGAAGUGUAUAAUAAUGGAAAUAGAAUAAAAAAUACUAAAACUAAUACUCCUUUGUCCAUAAAUGCACCUAAUUUUGUGAAUUCAAAGCUAGGCAUUAAUAGAACUGCAAUAAAACCUGAUAUUAAUUCUGAUGAUGUCCAUAGCUUACUUCACAAUCCAUUCCAUGAGACUAAUUUAAUUUUACCAAAAAAUAUUUCUUUAAAAGUUGAAACAUCUAAAUUAAAAUGUGAAGUAAAAACUGAGCCAGUUGAAGAAAUAGUCGAACAAAAUAAUUAUGCAAUGAAAAUGAACACUCACAGUCUCAAUGUAGAAAAUCCCUCUAAACUUGAGUCAGAUGUACAACAAAAUUAUUGGACUGGAGUAUCUACAGAAUCACAAAGUUCAGAAGACAAUGUUACUACUAUUGUAAAAGAAGAAGUUAUUAUAAAAACUGAAAAUGUUCCUGUUGAAAGUACUCUAAAGUUUUCUUCUGCUAAUGAUAUAAAGAAAGAAAUGAUUUUAGAAACUGAAAAAAAAAAAAUUUCUUGGGAGGAAUUUAGAGCUAAAAGAGGAAAAGACUUAAUAAAACCUAUAGAAAUUAAUGAAGAAUUAGAUGCUAAUGUAACAACAGAUAAUCACAAGUUAGAAGCUAUUAAAAGAGAGUUUGAUCGUAAUACUGCUGAACACUUUAUUGGUCAAAAAAGAAAAAUGGAAAACAUAGAAAAACAAAAACCUCAUGUGAGAGUUAGAAGUGAUGAAGAUGAUGAACUUCAAAAAAAGAGAAUGAAAAUUGAAUAUAUAAAAAAGUUGCUUCCAUCUUCAUUUGCUUCAGAAAUUGCUAAAACAUCAAGAUUUUUAAAGGGAAGUGAAGUGGAGAACAAAGACAUUAAAGUAAAUUCAAAUGAUUCAAAUGAUAAAUCUCAUAUAAAAAAUGAUGAUCCUUUACAUUUAAAAAAAGAUGAAAAAAUUACCAAAAAAAAUUAUCAAUCUAGAUCUUACACAUCAUAUCUUCGUAAUUCAUCUAGGUCUGAUUAUUGUAAUAAAAAUAGCCGAACGUCUUCAAUACUUUCCAAUUCUGAGGAAUAUUACCGUAGUAGAGUAGAUUUGCCUUUAAGUGGACAGUAUAGUCAAAAUAUGCGUAGUACUAAUCAAAGACCAAAAGAACAGAAAAGAGUCGUAUAUGUUGGACAAAUACCGAUAAAAUAUGGCAAACGUUACUUGUACAAUCGUUUUAAAGAAUUUGGAACAAUACAAUCUCUUACAUUACACAAAAAACCUGAUUUUCGUGUAUAUUAUGCUUUUGUAACAUACUCUGAAAAGUCUGAAGCUGAAAGAGCAAUUAACCAUGGAAAUGAUGAUCAAAAUCAAGUUCAACUUGAUAUUAGAUUUGGUGAACGCAAACAAACCCAAACACCUUAUUAUGAUCUAGAUGACGAGUGGUUAACUGAUUGGUACAGUUAUAAUCAACCUCCUGCAGUGGUAAAAACGCAAAGUCCUGAGCAAGUUACUUUUGAAGAAGAACUACAAGAGUUUUAUAAACUUGCUCAAAUAAAAAAAUUAAAUCAAAUUAAAACUCCAGUAUCUUGACGUAUACUUGUUUUAUUUCACCAUGUAGUGAUGGAAUAAAAUGUAAUAAACUUUGUUAAAAUUUUUCUUUUCAAA